GGUGGUUUACCUUGAACUAAAUAUGCUCUUAUUAUUUUUCUCUUUUUAUUCUUUAUUUUGAGUAGGGUCCGGACGAAGGCUGAAGGGACCAGAGCCUGCCACGGUGGAUGAUUCAAUAUGUGAAGAGCCAUCUGAGUUUAUAGAGGGGGAGAGACCUCGCCCUCAAGGAUCCUCCCCUGUAGAUGAAUACCCUGAGACUGACAGAUACAAGGACAGUGAUAAACAGGGUGGAGGUGGGAGUGGCAAAAAAGGAAAGAGAGGUUUUGGGUCCCUGUUUGAAAAGCGUUCCCCUGCCAAGAUGAGUCAACUGGAGAGCCCAGAGUCAGGAGUGAUUGUGAAAAUGGCAAAAGAGACAUGUGCCGAGGGCCUCGUUGUAAGUGGAGGGAAGGAGGGAAUCUUCAUCAAGGAAGUGAGGCCAGAGUCACCAGCCUCAAAGCUUCUUAGUGUACAUGAGGGUGAUCAGAUACUCAGUGCCACUGUGUAUUUUGACAAUGUUACAUAUGAAGAUGCUCUACAGAUAUUGGAACAUGCCCAGCCUUACAAGAUGGAGUUACUUCUGAAACGCAAACCAAUAAAGACAUCCACCCUUGAGAGUGAACCAGCCCUUGAAAUCAUUCAAGUGGAAGAAGGUUCCUCUCCGGAAAUGAGGGGACAUUCAAAGACAAAACGGCAUGGUGACCGAAUCUCUUGGCCCAAGUUCCCCUCCUUCAGCAAAAGUCAAAAGUCCCAUUUUAAGAGGUCUCACAGUACUUCAGAGGCAGAUGAUAAGAGGAAGCUGGAGCUUAGCCCUACAACAAGUGACACAGAGUCGCCAAUAAAAUCUCAGGAGGCUGUCAAGGGCAAGACAAAAAAGCACAAGAUAAAGUUAUCAAGCAUGAAGAUGAAGGGCCGCAAGAGCAUGUCUGUUGAACAGCCGGACCAGGACACAGACAUACUAACUGUAGAACAUGUAGAGGGUAUGGAAAACCAACAGAGUCAAGAUGACAUACACUCACCGGAUGGUCUAGAGAGCGCAUCAGUAGAUACAUCUCAAGUAUAUGUGUUAGAAUCAGAAUCUGAAAAAAUGGAAUCCACCAAGAUAAGAAAUGAAUGCAUUCUUCCAGACCUGGCAGGCUCUGAAACUAAACAACACAAGGUAGAACUCAUUAGUCUGGACAAAACUUUGAAAACCACAGACAUAACAGUUGCUCUUGCUGAUCAAGAAAGUCCCUCAACCAAGAAAUCUCCAGAGGGAAAGAAAAAGAAGAAAGAGAAUAAAGAGAGGUCAGAACUAAAGUUUACAUUCAAGGGAAAUGAGAAAAAAGACAAACACAAGCAAAACAUACCAGUAAAAUUAUCACUAAAAAGCCUGAAGACACCAAGAGAAGAUAUGAUAACAUCUGAUCUGUCUGCACAUGACAAUACAUUGCUGAGCCCAACUGUAGUAUCACAUACUGAGCUGGAGGAGUGUCAACUCCCAAUUGAUAUCAACACUCAAGUAAUCAUCAAUGAGAGUUCAGGGAAAACCCUCCCCUCCACUGAUAUGGAAAUGAGCAUGCCAAAAGUAGACAUCUGCCUUGACAUGUCAGAUAUAGGACUUAUCAGGAAAUCCCCUCAGAUUGGACAAGAACAACACUUGAAAGAAACAUAUGUUAAAACUGAUGUGAAUGCACAGGAAAUUAGCAUACAUGCUAAGGUCAUCAGUAUUACAAUGGAACCUGACUCGCAGAUGGAAAUACAAGCUUCAAAGUUACCUACAGAGAGAAGCAUUGAUGAUGUUUUAGCACAAAUUGGUACAAGAUCUGCUCCCAAAUUCAAACUGCAGAGGGUGGACCCUGCUGACUUUGUUAUUGACAAACCCAUAAAAAUGACAGACGUGAAGAUUGUAGAAAUGGACGUGAAAGGCCUUACAGUUGAGGAUAAGGGGUUAAAGAUACUUCCAAGCCGUGAGGAUAUUGAGAUCCCAGGCAUAGAAGAUGCAUCGUUAACUAGCACCAAGGCCCCAGUGAUAAAACAGCCUAAAACAGCAUUCACUCUUCCUGUUGAAGAAAUCCAGGCGCAGACUGUACAGAUGGUUAUAGACGUUGAUAGAGUUAAAGAGGCUGUCUCCAAAUUGCCAGGGUUCAAGCUGCCGAAGGGUGACAUUGCAGGCCUGCCUGCUCAUCAACAAAUCACAAUGACAGACGUGAAUGCAGAAAGAGUAGAUGCCACCCUAUCUAAAAUCACAGACAUAAAGGCACAGUUGGACACGUAUGUCAAAAAGACUGACAUAAAUGCUUUACCAGAAAAGUUGAGCAGGAGCUCAGUUACCACAUUCAAAUUGCCAAAGACACACAUUUUUGAUCUAGGUGCUCAUGAACCUAUUACUAUGACAAAAAUAGACCAUACAAAAACAAAACAGGAAGCUGGAAAGACCAAUGAGGAUGAAAUCCAAAUUGAACUCCAUAAACGAGAGAACGUAGAGAAAGCUGGAAUGGAAACUAUACAACAAAAAGGAACUCCCAACAAAGUGGAAAAGGAAAAAGAGACUGGUGAAAUUCUGGAGCCUAAGUUUGCAGUACCAGUACCUGAGGGGCCAACCAUCACAUCUGAGGAGAGAAAUCGUAUACCUGCCACUUACACUAAAGGAUUAGAUAAGAAGUCAAAGAAAGCAAAUAUUUCAAUGCCUAGGUUUGGAAUAACACAAACGGAUAUUAGAUUCCCAGACAUUGGGAUUGGACUACCAAAAAGAGACCCCUCGGUGGAAAAGAAGGAUGAGGUCAAAGAUGAAAGCAAUGCAUUGCACCUUGAAAUGAAAAUGUCAGAGGCUGAAAUUAAACUCAGCAAAGUACCAGAUUCUGAAUAUUCCACUAUCAAAACUCAAACACCUACAAUACGAACUUUAAGCUCAGAAACAAUGCCAGAGGUACCUUCAUCUGACAUUAAAGGAGCAGUUAUGGGCAUUGAUGUCCAAUCAGUUGAUGUUGAAGUACCCUCCGUUGAAGUUGAAAUACCAGAAACAGUUUAUAAAGAUAUUGAUGUGAAAAUGAAAAAACGACAGAUGUCAUUCCCCAAAUUUGGAGUUAAAGCCCCAGAGAUUGAUGUUAGUGUGCUAAAACCAGACAUCUCUCUUCCCGAGGGAAACAUGGAGGUCAAAUUGCCUGAGGUGGAAAUUGAAGUUCCAGAGCUUCAAGUGGAAGUGAAAGAUACUGUAGAGUCCCCAUCAAGAUUUAAAAUCCCAACUUUAAAAUUCCCUAAAUUUGGAGCAGUUUCUCCAAUCGUCACAGUAGAGUUACCUGAUGGAACUGAAAGACCAGAACCCAAGCUGUCAAUAUCAGGAAAAGUACAUGCAGUUGACUUUGAAAAACAGAGUGAUUUAAAGAAAUCUAGUGUUAAGAUUCCAUCUAUAGAUGUGGAUGUGAAGACUAAAGGACUUGAACUGGAGGGACAAGGAAGCAAGUUUAAACUGCCAAAUCAGGGAAUUUCAUUACCAAAAGUAAAAUGUCCUGAGAUAGAUUUAGGUCUAUCGAAGAAAGACAUAGAUGUCACUUUACCAGAGACCAACGUGGAGAUCCAACCACCUGAUGUUGAACUCAAAGUGUCUUCUGGUGAAGUUGAAAUGCCUGAGCAAGCUGCUACAGAGAUUGAUGUGAAAGUGAAAAAGCCACGGAUUUCAUUUCCAGGGCUUGGAUUUUCAAAACCAGAAGUAUGUGAGGUUGAUGUCAGUCUUCCAAAGGUGGAUAUUUCUCUUCCAGAAGGAAAUGUGGGGGUCAAAAAGUCAGAGGUGGAAAUGACAGCUCCAGAGAUUCAAGUUGAAGUGAAACAUGAUAUUGAGCUUGAGGGACAAGGAAGUAAGUUCAAACUACCCAAAUUUGGAAUCUCAAUGCCAAAGGUAAAAGGUCCUGAGAUUGAUUUAAGUUUAUCAAAGAAAGUCAUAGAUGUCACUUUACCAGAGGACAAAGUGGAGGUCCAACCAUCUGAUGUUGAAAUCGAAGUGCCUUCUGGUCAAGUUCAAAUGCCAGAGGGAGCUGCUACAGAGAUUGAUGUGAAAAUGAAGAAGCCCCGAAUGUCAUUUGGAUGGUUUUCAAAACCAGAAGUGAAACCACCGGAGGUUGAUGUCAGUCUUCUAAAGGUGGGCAUUUCGCUUCCAGAAGGAAAGGUGGAAUUCAAAGAGCCAGAGGUGGAAUUUAAAGCUCCAGAGAGUCAAGUUGAAGUGAAACAUGAUAUUGAGCUUCAUGGACAAGGAAGUAUGUUCAAACUGCCAACAUCUGUAAUCUCAUUGCCGAAAGUUAAAGGUCCUGAAAUAGAUUUAAGUUGGUCAAAAACAGAUGUAGAUGUCGAACUACCUGAUGUUGAAGUCAAAGUGCCCUCCUUUGAUGUUGAAAUACCAGAAGUAGUUUCAAAAGACAUUGAUGUGAAAAUGAAAAAGACACAAAUGUCAUUCCCCGAAUUUGGAUUUACAGAAGUGAAAGCACCUGCGCUUGAUGUCAGUCUUCCAAAGGUAGACAUUUCUCUUCCAGAGGGAAAGGUGGAGGUCAAAGAGUCAGAGGUGGAAAUUAAAGCUCCAAAAAUUCAAGUUGAAAUGAAACAUGGUAUUGAGCUACAGGGACAAAGAAGUAAGUUCAAACUACCUAAAUUUGGAGUCUCAUUGCCGAAGGUUAAAAGUUCUGAAAUUGACUUAAGUGUGUCAAAAGCAGAUGUAGAUGUCGACUUACCAGAGAGAAGAGCAGCUCUCCAACUACCUGAUGUUGAAGUCGGAGUGUCCUCUGUUAAAGUUGAAAAACCAGAAGCCGUUUCUAAAGAUAUUGAUAUGAAAAUGAAAAUGCCCAGAAUGUCUUUCCCCAAAUUUGGAUUUUCAAAACCAGAAGUGAAAGCACCUGAGGUUGAUGUCAGUCUUCCAGAGGUGGAUAUUUCUCUUCCAGAGGAAAAGGUGGAGGUCAAAGAGCCUGAGAUUAAAAUUGAAGCUCCAGAGAUUCAAGUCGAGGUGAAAGAUACCAUAGGCUCCCCCACAAGAUUCAAAAUGCCAACUUUAAAAUUCCCUCAAUUUGGAGCAGCUGCUCCAAACAUCACAGUAGAGGUACCUGAUGUGGACAAGGACAUCAAGGUUCAUGGAUCUGAAAUUCCAGAGCCCAGGCUGAUAAUGUCAGCAAUUAACAUUGAAAAGCCAAGUGUUGAUCUUAAAGGCCCAUCUAUAGAUCUGGAUGUGAAGAGCAAAAGACUUGACAUUGUCACUUUACCAGAGGCCAGCGUAGAGGUCCAACCACCUACCACUGAACUCAAAGUGCCUUCUGGUAAAGGUGAAAUUCCUGAAGGAGUUGCUACAGAAAUUGAUGUAAAAAUGAAAAAGCCACGGAUGUCAUUUGGAUGGUUUUCAAAAUCAGAAGUGAAAGCACCGGAGGUUGAUGUCAGUCUUCCAAAGGGGGAUAUUUCUCUUCCAGAGGUAAAGGUGGAGGUCAAAGAGUCAGAGGUGGAAAUUAAAGCUCCAGAAAUUCAAGUUGAAAUGAAACAUGGAAUUGAGCUUGAGGGACAAGGAAGUAAGUUCAAACUACCUAAAUUUGGAAUCUCAUUGCCGAAGGUUAAAGGUCCUGAAUUUGACUUAAGUAUCUCAAAGACAGAUGUAGAUGUCAACUUACCAGAGAGAAGAGCAGACCAACUACCUGAUGUUGAAGUAGGAGUGCCCUCUGUUGAAGUUGAAAUACCAGAAGCAGUUUCUAAAGAUAUUGAUGUGAAAAUGAAAAAGCCCCGAAUGUCAUUCCCCAAAUUUGGAUUUUCAAAACCAGAAGUGAAAGUACCUGAGGUUGAUGUCAGUCUUCCAGAGGUGGAUAUAUCUCUUCCAGAAGAAAAGGUGGAGGUCAAAGAGCCUGAGGUGGAAAUUGAAGCUCCAGAGAUUCAAGUCGAGGUGAAAGAUACCGUAGGCUCCCCCUCAAGAUUCAAAAUGCCAACUUUAAAAUUCCCUCAAUUUGGAGCAGCUGCUCCAAACAUCACAGUAGAGGUACCUGAUGUGGACAAGGACAUCAAGGUUCAUGGAUCUGAAAUUCCAGAGCCCAGGCUAACAAUGUCAGCAAUUAACAUUGAAAAGCCAAGUGUUGACCUUAAAGGCCCAUCUAUAGACCUGGAUGUGAAGAGCAAAAGACUUGACAUUGUCACUUUACCAGAGGCCAGCGUAGAGGUCCAACUACCUAGCAUUGAACUCAAAGUGCCUUCUGGUAAAGGUGAAAUUCUUGAAGGAGUUGCUACAGAAAUUGAUGUAAAAAUGAAAAAGCCACGGAUGUCAUUUGGAUGGUUUUCAAAAUCAGAAGUGAAAGCACCGGAGGUUGAUGUCAGUCUUCCAAAGGGGGAUAUUUCUCUUCCAGAGGUAAAGGUGGAGGUCAAAGAGUCAGAGGUGGAAAUUAAAGCUCCAGAAAUUCAAGUUGAAAUGAAACAUGGAAUUGAGCUUGAGGGACAAGGAAGUAAGUUCAAACUACCUAAAUUUGGAAUCUCAUUGCCGAAGGUUAAAGGUCCUGAAUUUGACUUAAGUAUCUCAAAGACAGAUGUAGAUGUCAACUUACCAGAGAGAAGAGCAGACCAACUACCUGAUGUUGAAGUUGGAGUGUCCUCUGUUGAAGUUGAAAUACCAGAAGCAGUUUCUAAAGAUAUUGAUGUGAAAAUGAAAAAGCCCCGAAUGUCAUUCCCCAAAUUUGGAUUUUCAAAACCAGAAGUGAAAGUACCUGAGGUUGAUGUCAGUCUUCCAGAGGUGGAUAUAUCUCUUCCAGAAGAAAAGGUGGAGGUCAAAGAGCCUGAGGUGGAAAUUGAAGCUCCAGAGAUUCAAGUCGAGGUGAAAGAUACCGUAGGCUCCCCCUCAAGAUUCAAAAUGCCAACUUUAAAAUUCCCUCAAUUUGGAGCAGCUGCUCCAAACAUCACAGUAGAGGUACCUGAUGUGGACAAGGACAUCAAGGUUCAUGGAUCUGAAAUUCCAGAGCCCAGGCUAACAAUGUCAGCAAUUAACAUUGAAAAGCCAAGUGUUGACCUUAAAGGCCCAUCUAUAGACCUGGAUGUGAAGAGCAAAAGACUUGACAUUGUCACUUUACCAGAGGCCAGCGUAGAGGUCCAACUACCUAGCAUUGAACUCAAAGUGCCUUCUGGUAAAGGUGAAAUUCUUGAAGGAGUUGCUACAGAAAUUGAUGUAAAAAUGAAAAAGCCACGGAUGUCAUUUGGAUGGUUUUCAAAAUCAGAAGUGAAAGCACCGGAGGUUGAUGUCAGUCUUCCAAAGGGGGAUAUUUCUCUUCCAGAGGUAAAGGUGGAGGUCAAAGAGUCAGAGGUGGAAAUUAAAGCUCCAGAAAUUCAAGUUGAAAUGAAACAUGGAAUUGAGCUUGAGGGACAAGGAAGUAAGUUCAAACUACCUAAAUUUGGAAUCUCAUUGCCGAAGGUUAAAGGUCCUGAAUUUGACUUAAGUAUCUCAAAGACAGAUGUAGAUGUCAACUUACCAGAGAGAAGAGCAGACCAACUACCUGAUGUUGAAGUUGGAGUGUCCUCUGUUGAAGUUGAAAUACCAGAAGCAGUUUCUAAAGAUAUUGAUGUGAAAAUGAAAAAGCCCCGAAUGUCAUUCCCCAAAUUUGGAUUUUCAAAACCAGAAGUGAAAGUACCUGAGGUUGAUGUCAGUCUUCCAGAGGUGGAUAUAUCUCUUCCAGAAGAAAAGGUGGAGGUCAAAGAGCCUGAGGUGGAAAUUGAAGCUCCAGAGAUUCAAGUCGAGGUGAAAGAUACCGUAGGCUUCCCCUCAAGAUUCAAAAUGCCAACUUUAAAAUUCCCUCAAUUUGGAGCAGCUGCUCCAAACAUCACAGUAGAGGUACCUGAUGUGGACAAGGACAUCAAGGUUCAUGGAUCUGAAAUUCCAGAGCCCAGGCUGACAAUGUCAGCAAUUAACAUUGAAAAGCCAAGUGUUGACCUUAAAGGCCCAUCUAUAGAUCUGGAUGUGAAGAGCAAAAGACUUGACAUUGUCACUUUACCAGAGGCCAGUGUAGAGGUCCAACUACCUAGCAUUGAACUCAAAGUGCCUUCUGGUAAAGGUGAAAUUCCUGAAGGAGUUGCUACAGAAAUUGAUGUGAAAAUGAAAAAGCCACGGAUGACAUUUGGAUGGUUUUCAAAAUCAGAAGUGAAAGCACCGGAGGUUGAUGUCAGUCUUCCAAAGGGGGAUAUUUCUCUUCCAGAGGUAGAGGUGGAGGUCAAAGAGUCAGAGGUGGAAAUUAAAGCUCCAGAAAUUCAAGUUGAAAUGAAACAUGGAAUUGAGCUUGAGGGACAAGGAAGUAAGUUCAAACUACCAAAAUUUGGAAUCUCAUUGCCGAAGGUUAAAGGUCCUGAAUUUGACUUAAGUAUCUCAAAGACAGAUGUAGAUGUCAACUUACCAGAGAGAAGAGCAGACCUCCAACUACCUGAUGUUGAAGUAGGAGUGCCCUCUGUUGAAGUUGAAAUACCAGAAGCAGUUUCUAAAGAUAUUGAUGUGAAAAUGAAAAAGCCCCGAAUGUCUUUCCCCAAAUUUGGAUUUUCAAAACCAGAAGUGAAAGCACCUGAGGUUGAUGUCAGUCUUCCAGAGGUGGAUAUUUCUCUUCCAGAGGAAAAGGUGGAGGUCAAGGAGACUGAGGUGGAAAUUGAAGCUCCAGAGAUUCAAGCUGAGGUGAAAGAUACUGUUGGCUCCCCCUCAAGAUUCAAAAUGCCAACUUUAAAAUUCCCUCAAUUUGGAGCAGCUGCUCCAGUAGAGGUACCUGAUGUGGACAAGGACAUCAAGGUUCAUGGAUCUGAAAUGCCAGAGCCCAAGCUGACAAUGUCAGCCAUUAACAUUGAAAAGCCAAGUGUUGACCUUAAAGGCCCAUCUAUAGAUGUGGAUGUGAAGAGUAAAACACUUGAAAUUCUCACUUUACCAGAGGCCAGCGUGGAUGGCCAACCACCUAGAAUUGAACUCAAAGUGUCUUCUGGUGAAGUUGAAAUGCCUGAGGGAGAUGCUACAGAGAUGGAUGUAAAAAUGAAGAAGCCACGGAUGUCAUUUGGAUGGUUUUCAAAACCAGAAGUGAAAUCACCGGAGGUUAAUGUCAGUCUUCCAAAGGCAGACAUUUCUCUUCCAGGGGGAAAGGUGGAAGUCAAAGAGCCAGCUGUGGAAAUUAAAGCUCCAGAAAUUCAAGUUGAAAUGAAACAUGGAAUUGAGCUUCAGGGACAAGGAAGUAAGUUCAAACUACCUAAAUUUGGAAUCUUAUUGCCAAAGGUUAAAGGUCCUGAAAUUGGCUUAAGUAUCGCAAAGACAGAUGUAGACGUCGACUUACCAGAGAGAAGAGCAGCUCUCCAACUACCUGAUGUUGAAGUUGGAGUGCCCUCUGUUGAAGUUGAAAUACCAGAAGCAGUUUCUAAAGAUAUUGAUGUGAAAAUGAAAAAGCCCCGAAUGUCAUUCCCCAAAUUUGGAUUUUCAAAACCAGAAGUGAAAGCACCUGAGGUUGAUGUCAGUCUUCCAAAGGUGGACAUUUCUCUUCCAGAGGGAAAGGUGGAGGUCAAAGAGCCUGAGGUGGAAAUUGAAGCUCCAGAGAUUCAAGUUGAAAUUAAACAUGAUGUUGAACAUGAGGGACAAGGAAGAAUAUUCAAGCUACCAACAUUUGGAAUGUCAUUGCCAAAGGGUAAGGAUCCUGAGAUGGAUUUAAGUGUAUCAAAGAAAGUCAUAGAAGUCACCUUACCAGAGGCCAGCGUGGAGGUCCAACCACCUAGCGUUGAACUCAAAGUGCCUUCUGGUGAAAUUGAAAUACCCGAUGGAGCUGCUACAGGAAUUGAUGUGAAAAUGAAAAUACCACAGAUGUCAUUUGGAGGGUUUUCCAAACCAGAAGUGAAACCACCUGAGGUUGAUGUCAGUCUUCCAAAGGUGGACAUUUCGCUUCCAGAGGGAAAUGUGGAGGUCAAAGAGCCUGAGGUGGAAAUGAAAGCUCCGGAGAGUCAAGUUGAAAUGAAAUAUGAAGGUUUAUCAGUUGAUGGAAAACUAGAAACAUCAGAGAUGGGAUUCAAAAUGGCAACAUUCAAAUUCCCUAAAUCUGGUGCAACGUCAAAGGUUGUAGUCGAUGUCUCUGAUAAAGAGAAGGAUAUUAAAGUGCCUGGGGUAGAAAUUAUAGAUCAACUACUUGGAGCUUCAUUACAAAUUGAUUUACCGGAACACAGGGACACAGUUGACAUUAAAGGAUCUAGAGAAGUACAGCUACAUGAUGCUGGAUCUAAAAGGCCCUCAGUUAAAGGUGGAAUGGCAAUAGCCGAAGUGGAUGUUCAUGAAGUUGAAGUUUCAAAACUGACAAUUGAUGAUAAAGGCCAUGGCUCCCCCAGCAAAGGUCAAGGCUCACCCAGUAAAGGUCAAGACUCGCCUAGUAAAUUCAAACUUCCAACCUUCAAAAUGCCCAGAUUGAGCAUUUCAAAAUCCAAACCUGAGAAUGAACAUGAUGAUAUAAAUCCAAAUGUUAUUUUGGAGAAUUAUGAGAUUCCAGUGAAACCACAAGGACCAGAGAAAUCACCAAAGUUGACUUUGACAACAUUUGGGGAGGUAUUAAGAAGCAUUGAUGUUGAAUUUGAUGUUCCCAAAUUGGAGGAAGUGGAAGAGAAGCUCACAGGCUCAAGGGAAGAUAUAACAGCCUCAGGGAAAACCGAACUAAAUGCUCAAACCAGUGUUGAAACCCAGUCUGUGCAUAAAGAGGAAGAAGCCAAAGAAAAAUCUAAGUUUGGGUGGUUUAAGUUUCCCACAUUUGGACUAUCUUCUCCUUCAGAAUCUGCCAAGAUUUUAGAAAAAGACACUGCUGAGAAAGAAGGAAGUGAGAAAAGCCCUGACUCUGUGGAACAGGACAUCAGCUUGACCUUUUCAGUACACUCAUCGGAUGCUUUUGCAGAUAUUAGUUCAACAGUCACAAGCGAACAAUUUGGUCCUUCAUUGGCCUCUCCAACCAAAGUCACAGUGAAAUGCUCAGACCCUAUUGCCACUGAGGUACAGGGUGAUGUCAUCACCUCCACAGCAAGGACACAAUUGAUCGCCUUUGAACCCUACUUGGCAGAGAAAGUCACCAUUCCAAUGUCCUCCGGAGUUUCCUCCUCAUCAGUGGACACCCUAAAAUUGGAGUCUGGUACACAUGUCAGCACAUCCAAUAUACAAGCAAUACCAGACACACAGAAGGCCACACUCUUAACAGAUUUUGGAUUGCAGACAGGGACCGCCGGAGUUUCUUUUGCAUCUUGGUCAGUGGACGACACCAACAAAACACAGAGUGAUGGGCAAACACUUAUUGAGAGGCAUGUAGUUAGGGAAAUGUCAGGCACUGACAGGGAAACGGUUUUCAUAACCCAAAAUGUUACACAUGUGUUUGGGGCUGAGCCCAUCUCAGAUGAAACAGCCUCAUCUAUCAAACAGAUGAAAGACACUACGCAGUCUGAGAAAAAUGACAUUUUUUGAUGGGGCUGAAUUGGAGUGACUGGGAGGAAUACAGUAUGAUAAAUCCCUCCAUUGAGGAGUAAUAUCAGUCAUAUUAUUAUUGUGCUCUUAUUAAUUGUGCUUUAAUUUAUGACCAAGAUUUAAUAUAUACAGUUCAAUGUUUUGAGUGUGUACUUAGUACACUAUAUAAGUACACAAAUUGGCAUACAAGCCCAUGAUACAGGUAGCGAUGUAAAAGCCAACUUUGUCACUUCAAUGUAAUUACUACCACUGAGACCAGGUCAAUUCCACAGUAACAGAGUGACAGCAGCUAGGUUUCCAUCCAAUUGGCGACAGAUUUUCAUGUGAAUAUUCAAAAAUCUGCAUAAAUAAAAUAUGUAAUUUUCAAAAUACAUAAAUCAUCCCUGUAUGAUGCAAUUUGCAGCAUACAGGGAUGAUUUCUAUAUUUUGAAAGUUAGAUAUUUUGAAAACUUGAUUGCUUACAAGCAAAACAUUUUGGGACUAUGUCAACAAUGAACUAAUGAAACAAAUACCAAAAGAUCGUUUCUGGGUGGAAUUUUUCUUUAAGUUUAUGCAUUAACUCAGAAUUAUUCAAGUUAGGCAUUAACUCCAUCAAGGUAAAGGUUAAGGAUUGGGACAGGCAUAAAACCAAAAUAUCAAAAACAACUUUAUUUCGCUGGAUUCAAACAUGCAACCUUUGGCAGAUGCUUUAUACAUCAUCUCCCAACUUCCUCAGACAUAAACGGUCAUCCAAUACUGACAUCUAUCGGGUGACUUGCCUCUUCCAAAGUCAUAGUGGGUGGACCACACAAUAGCAUUCAGCCUGGUCUCAUAGACUAGACGUAACAUAGUAAACGCAAUUACGGGAUACAAAUUAGUUUGGUAUGGUUACAUAAGACAGAAGGUUACAUAAAGCAAAAACGAAUGUAAGGUGGCUGGUCGGGGUGGGUGUAUAACGGGAAAGUCUAGCAACCGAAAGGUUGUCUGUUUGAAUCUUAUCAUGGACAACGUUUGCAUUUUAGCUAAUUAUCAGCAUUGCAACUACUUACUACUUUUGAGCUACUUUGCUACUACUUAGCAUGUUAACUAACCCUUCCCUAACCUUAACCUUAACCCUUUAACCUAACUCCUAACCAUAACCCUUAAUCCCUAACCCCUAGUCUAGCUAACAUUAGCCACCUAGCUAACGUUAGCGUUAACCACCUAGCCACCUAGCUAACAUUAGCCACAACAAAUUGGAAUUCUUAACAUAUCAUACCUUUUGCAAAUUCAUAACAUAUUGUAUGAUAUGUAUCGGAUAUACAUUUACUAUGGUAGGUCUACCCCUGAGUUCAGGUUGCAGCAUCAUGUGACUCCAAUUGACUUCAAUAUGAUGGUUUUUAUAUACAGUAAAUAUUUGCACAUAAAAGCCACCAUUUCUCGCAUAAUUAAUUUUACCGACACAAAAAGAUCCCACCUGGUCUAGCUUAUUUCGUUUUGUCCAAAAAAUAAGUUUACUGACAAAUUUGCUGUUUCCAUCAGGCCUGUUGUGAAAAAAAAUUAUCUGACGUAGGCUACUUUCUUCGCAUAAAAUCUGAACAUUUUACAAAAAUACAUUUACUUGAAGAACAGUACAAAUGCAAAGUUUUAUAACAGAAUGAGAGUUUGUGCCUCAUUCUGUUACCAGCAUUUUCGGUGGUUGUUUCCUGGUUUGCAAUUUUUUUUUAUAGUUUGCCUAAUUUCAGUUUUUGUGACAAAACAAGCAUGUACAGUGUGAAAUAUAUUUCCAUAACUAAAAAUAGAGCAUUUUCAGCUGUUUGAGGCUGGUGUACAAAACUGGAAGUAUAAGACGCAAAAACGAAACGUAAGAACUGGAAGCAUAGAAAUAGCGCACAUACAACAGAUCUACCACUUCUUGCUUUCAAAGAAAAGGACAGAUCUAUAACUCACAUUUCAAUGUGAAUUUGGUCCCGUUGCCCAAAAAGUUACAUAAUGCAGCUUUAAAAGUAGUCGUUGUGCAUAGAGUUGUAUGGUUUGUUUAACUUUGCAAUCAUUGAUUUUGGUUUGACAUACAUUUUAAAGUAAAAUAUCUGAGUCUCAGUGUCACUCUGUUACCAUGGAAUUGCACACCACUGAGACCAUUGCUGUUUUUAGACAUCUCUGCAAAUUGUUAUGCUGUACAUAUAAUGAAGAGGAACUUGUUAAUCCACUGCCAUAUGCAUUUAUGAAUGACCUCUGAUGUCUGCUCUUUAUUCGACUUCUGGGCAGCCAUAUAUAAGAUAUAAGGUAUAAAUGAUUAUGAGUCUGAAAAAAUUAAUACGUAAUGAUAUACAUACAAACCAUGCAACAUUAAUAGAACAAAAACAGAACACAUAUAAGGAACUAUUCAAAUCUGUACACUUAAUACCAUGAAAUACAUGUUGCUAAAAUUGAAUGCUUGUAAUCACAGUAAAAAGCUGAAAAUAUAUAUUGAUGCAACUAUAUUUUGAUUAUAAUGAUGUCUAGAUUUGAUUUGCCAUAAUGUAAAAGUAAUUUAAAAAAAAAUCUGAAUUUGUGCAAAGUAGAAACAUUUUAACGCCUAUGUAAAUAGUUGAUUUAUUCAUUUAUAUUGCUGAGUUACUUUGAUUGUUGCUCUUAUUCUGCACUGAUGUAGUCAAUGUAUUUGCAAAACUAUACAUAAUAAAUCUUCUAAAAUAUUAA